AUGAUUGCUAUGUGCACUCCUGGAAUAUCUGAGAUACGCUCUGAGUUCAUUCUCAAAAUAAUUGCAUUCAUUGAUAAUGACGAUCGUUUCAUUUUGCUUGGUUUGGUUACUAUUGCAACGUCAUUGCUGACGUUAUUUGCUCUAUUUUUGGCUGUCGAAAUGAUACAACGAACGACAAAUCUGUCGCAAUUAGAAAUGGAAUUACGUGCUGAAUCAUUUAAGAGAAAAUCUUCUGCUCUAUGGAUUGAAAUAAGGCAUGCUAAACAAAUCACUGGCCAUAAUACACGUUUCGCACGACAAGCUAAUUUGCUUGUUGAAACUGUCGAACGAUGUAGUAAAUGCAUGCGUUUGUUAUGUCCGAUGGGUGAGCCUGGACUUAUUGGACCGCCAGGAGUUGAUGGGGUUCCGGGUACACAUGGAAAAAUGGGACAACCUGGUACUGAUGGCGAAGAUAUCAUGGCUGAAUCGCUACCAAUCAAUCUCCCAUGUUCUAUUUGCCCAGCCGGACCACCUGGUUUGCGUGGUUCACAAGGAGAACGUGGUCGAGUAGGUCUUCCAGGUUCUUCUGGUUCUUCAGGUAGACCUGGUAAGCCAGGUGAAAAUGGGAUAAUUGGAAACAUUGGACCUGAAGGACCAAGUGGAGAAAAAGGACCAGUUGGACCUCCAGGGGCAACCGGUGAUGACGCUUUCGGUCGGUUUUCUUUUAAUGCUGGCGUUGGUAUAAAAGGACCAAAAGGUUUAUCUGGACCGAUAGGUUCUAAAGGACCACAAGGCAUGCCAGGUCGACGAUCCAAUGUUCCCGGCAAGCAAGGAGAGCAAGGAACGAUUGGUUUACCUGGACUACAGGGAAAUACUGGUGCACAUGGUGAGAAAGGACCGUGGGGUCCACCAGGAGAAGCUGGAAUGCCGGCAAUGUAUUGCCCAUCAGAUUGCGGAGUCUCAAAAAUCCUUGCACCAUUUUCAAUUGGUUUUCCGGUUGAUUUCAGUGAUUCUUUCAAUAUUUCUAAUCCAUAUCAUAAUUCGGAUUCUAUCUAA